AUGAGUGGCCGGGCGCGGGCGAGAGGCAGAGGACAGGCCGGGCGCGGCGCGGUGCGUGGGGGCCCUCCGCCUGCACCUGCACCUGCAGCGCUGCCUACGGGGAAGGAUUACUCUAGGAGCGAUGAUUCCCAAGUUGUUGGGACUUUUGUGUCUGAGGAAGAGGCCUCAACCAGCUCUGCCCAUGGUGGAGCAGCAAGACUUUCUCAGAGAUGUGACUUUUCUGCUGGAGAGUCCAAGUCUCAGGGUGCAGUGUUGGGGAAAGGGGGAAGGACCCGAUAUGACUUUCCAGAUUUGGGAAUAAAUACUAGAAAGACUAUAGCACAUGUCCGAGACUGUAAAACAGGCUCCAGUGGAAUCCCGGUGAAAGUAAUUACAAAUCUCUACAGCUUAUUGCUUCCUAGGGAAUGGCAGCUUUACCAGUACCAUGUGACUUUUAACCCAGAGUUUGAGUCAAGGCGUCUACGCCUUGCAUUGCUCUACAGCCAUGCUGAAUUUCUUGGAAAAGCUAAAGCAUUUGAUGGAGUCAUUCUUUUUCUUUCUCAAAAGCUGGAAAACCAGGUCACAGAAUUGUUGACUGAAACAAAAAGGGGCGAGAGAGUAAAAAUCACCAUUACACUAAAAAGCAAGUUACCACCCAGUUCUCCAGUCUGCAUUCAGUUUUUCAAUAUCAUCUUCAAGAAGGUUUUGAAAAAGUUGUCCCUGUAUCAAGUUGGACAGAACUUCUACAGUCCUUCAGAACCAGUGGUAAUUCCCCAACACAGGCUGACACUUUGGCCAGGAUUUGCCAUUUCCAUUUCACAGUUUGAGAGCAGAGUAAUGUUGAGUGCUGAUGUGAGCCAUAAAGUGCUUUGCAAUGACACUGUUUUGGAGUUCAUGACUGACCUGUAUACAAGGUGCGACAGAGCACGCUUCACCGAAACAUGUGAAAAGGAGCUAAUUGGGCUCAUUGUCUUGACCAGGUAUAACAACAAAACCUACCGUAUUGAUGAUAUCAAUUGGUCUGUGAAGCCAACUGACACUUUUCCAAAACGAGAUGGCACUGACAUCUCUUAUGUUGAUUAUUAUAAACAGCAGUAUGAAGUUGUCCUAAGUGAUCUAAAUCAGCCAAUGCUUGUUAGCCGGUUGAAAAAUAAACAGAAAGACAGCAUUGAGCCUCGUAUCGUCCACCUGAUCCCUGAGCUGUGCUAUCUAACAGGUUUGACCAGUCGAGCAAGAGCUGACUAUCGACUGAUGAAGGAUUUGGUUCAGGAAACUCGCCUGAAUCCUGAGCGUAGGCAGCAGAGGUUGUCAAGACUCACUGACAACAUUCAGAGAAACAGUGAGGCUCGUUUAGUACUGGAGACCUGGGGGCUGCAGCUCGGGUGCCAAAUUUCCCUGACUGGCCGCAUUGUCCCAACUGAAAAAAUCCUGAUGCAGGGGGAGAUGUGUCUGCCAAUGAGUGCUAGUGAUUGGUCAAAGGAUUUGCGUAACAUGAAGAUGCUUGGAGUACCGUCUCUGGACACCUGGUUAAUAGUGUGCAGUAACAGAAAUGCAGAAGUAAUGAAGAAUCUUCUGAAUUGCCUGAGAAGAGUUGGUGGUCCCAUGGGGUUUCGCAUUGAAUAUCCCAAAAUACUGCACGUACAAGAAAGUACCCUGGCCUUCCUGAGGGCAUUGCAGCAGCACGUGACUCCUGAAGUACAGCUGGUGAUGUGUGUGUUGCCUUCUAAUCAGAAGGACUGCUACGACUCGAUUAAGAAGUUCUUGAUCCUUGACCGACCUGUCCCGAGCCAGUGUGUAUUAGCAUGCACCCUAACUAAGCCGGGUAUGAUGAUGAGUGUUGCCACAAAAAUUGCUAUGCAGAUUAUUUGUAAACUCGGAGGAGAACUGUGGGCAGUAGAGAUCCCUCUGAAAUCACUUAUGGUGAUAGGUGUUGAUGUCAAUAAAGACGCCCUCAACAAAGGAAGCUCAGUAGUAGGUUUUGUGGCUAGCACCAAUUCCAGAAUUACAAGAUGGUCCUCUCGCUGCAUCCUUCAGACAACAGGGAAUGAUAUUGCAGAUUGUUUAAAAGUCUGUAUGAAAGGUGCUCUCAGCAAAUGGCUCAAGCAUAACCAAGAGUUACCUGCACGGAUUAUAGUAUACCGUGGCGGUGUUGGGGAUGGCCAGCUGAAGAUGGUAGUGGAUUAUGAAGUUCCACAACUUCUUAGUAGCCUGACAGAACUUAGUACUAACUACAGACCCAAAGUAUCAGUCGUCGUGGUCAGGAAGAAAUGUAUUGCUCGAUUCUUUGCUGAGGCAGAUGGAAGUUUGAGGAACCCACCAAUUGGUACAGUUGUUGACACAGAGGCUACUCGUCCUGAAUGGUAUGACUUUUAUCUGGUCAGCCAACUAGUACAUCAGGGGACUGUCAAUCCCACACACUACAAUGUUGUGUAUGAUGACAGUGGGUUGAAGCCAGACCACAUGCAGCGACUCACAUACAAGAUGUGUCACCUGUACUACAACUGGCCAGGUCUAAUCAGAGUGCCAGUACCCUGUCAGUAUGCCCACAAGCUGACCUUCCUCGUGGGACAGAGUCUUCACAGACAGCCAAGCCUGGAGCUGGCUGAAAAACUUUUUUAUCUAUGAAGGGAAUAACAUUAUAUUGCAAAGUUCCUUUCAAAACUGUCCAAACAUUUACGUAGUCUGGGCCCCUUUUUUUAGGAAAACAAUUUUUUUAGGUUUAACACAAAAGAACAAGCUGCUCUCUGCAGUAAGAGAACAGAGCAUUCAGAGCACCCAGAGCAAGGGUAAGCAGUUAGGAUAAAGGAGUAAGGUGUAGUACUCCAUUUAGCACCAAUAGAAGUCUUAGUAACUCCUUAGUAAUACCUGAGAUACUUUUUCAUUCACAGAAUCGUGUAGAUGUUUGUAGAAGGUUGAAAUUAUUUCUAAGAAAUAAAGUUUUAAU